CGGCGGGCGGAGGUGCUCACUCGAGGCCGAGUCAGGGAGUCAGUCGCCAGCAGCCACUUCUCCCCAUGGUGAUCCCCGUGCUGCCAAUCAUGUCCCUGCGGAGCAGCCUCUCGCGUAUCCUCCGGGCGCGAGUGCAUUGCGUCCUGAAGAAAUCCGUGCACUCUGUGGCGGUGGUUGGAGCCCCUUUCUCUCAGGGACAGAAAAAGAAAGGAGUGGAAUAUGGUCCAGCUGCCAUUAGAGAAGCUGGCUUGCUGAAGAGGCUCUCCAUUUUGGGCUGCCACCUAAAAGAUUUUGGAGAUCUGAGUUUUACUCCAGUUCCCAAAGAUGCUCCCUUCAACAAUCUGGUAGUAUAUCCACGCUCAGUGGGCCUUGCCAACCAGGAAUUGGCUGAGGUGGUUAGCAGAGCUGUGUCAAGUGGCUACAGCUGCGUCACCGUGGGAGGUGACCACAGCCUGGCAAUCGGUACGAUUAUCGGCCACGCCCGGCACCACCCAGAUCUCUGUGUCAUCUGGGUUGAUGCUCAUGCUGACAUCAAUACACCUCUUACUAGUGUAUCAGGAAAUAUUCACGGACAGCCACUUUCGUUUCUUGUCAGAGAACUACAGGACAAGGUACCACAACUCCCAGGAUUUUCUUGGAUCAAACCCUGUAUCUCUUCCCCAAAUAUUGUGUACAUUGGCCUAAGAGAUGUGGACCCUCCUGAACAUUUUAUUUUAAAGAACUAUGACAUUCAGUAUUUUUCCAUGAGAGACAUUGAUCGACUUGGUAUCCAGAAGGUCAUGGAACAGACAUUUGAUCUGCUGAUUGGCAAAAGACAAAAGCCAAUCCACCUGAGUUUUGAUAUUGAUGCAUUUGACCCUAAACUGGCUCCAGCCACAGGAACCCCUGUUGUAGGGGGACUGACCUACAGAGAAGGCAUGUAUAUUACUGAAGAAAUACACAAUACAGGGUUGCUGUCAGCACUGGAUCUUGUUGAAGUCAAUCCUCAUUUGGCCACUUCAGAGGCAGAAGCGAAGGCUACAGCUAGCCUGGCAGUGGACGUGAUUGCUUCAAGUUUUGGUCAGACAAGAGAAGGAGGACACAUUGUCUACGACCAACUUCCUACUCCCAGUUCACCAGAUGAAUCAGACAGUGAAGAACGUGUAAGAAUUUAGGAAAUACUGUACACUGGCACCUUUUACAGUGGGCACUCCAGAGUUGCAAGGCAUUUAAAGGGACAGAUAUUAAAUGGUUGUCUGGGUCAAUAUUGCCUUAAUGAGAACAUCUGUGUACUCUCACAGUUGUAAAAAUUUCCUUUCCCCAUUUUGUUAACCAAUACUACUACUGUAAAUGUAUUUGGAUUUUUGCAGUUUACAAGGCAUUAAUAUGUUAUAAUACUAUGUAAAUUUGAAGAAGUCAUAAACAGCAUUUAUUACCUUGGUAUAUCAUACUGGUCUUGCUGUUCCUUCACAUUUGUGUGGUUUUCCAUUGCCCUCCCUUCCACAGUCUGGCUAUACAAUACAUUCUUGAACUGUAAGCCUACAGCAGCAGUUUUAUAUCCUAACACCACUCAUUCUCAGAGCCAAGAU